AUGGACGAUUUAGUCCUCGUCUACGAUAAAGACACCCCCGAGGCGGGGCAGUUCGCGCUGAACCUGUACGACCACGCGAAAAAAUGGAUCGGGUUUUCGGUGCAGGAGCCGAAGCCGACCGAGCGCACCUCGUUCACGGUGAACGGCGCCAGCAUGGGGAUCAUCAUCACCAAAGACGUGUUCAAGUCGGAGUUCGUCACGGACGCGCUGGAGCUGAUGGUGGCGGCCAAGAAGCCCUGCCUGCUGAUCCACCACAUCGCGGGCAAGACCAACGUGGAGGACGAGAUCAUGCAGUGCGAGAACGACGACUACCUGCGGUACAUCCGCAAGGCGCAGACCUGCAUCUACACCUUUGACCUGGCGGACCAGUGCCAGGACCACAUGAUCACGCUGCUGGAGUUCAAGUCCGCGGACAGCAAGAAGGAGCUCCAGAAGCAGGCCGUCCUCCGGCUCGAGGAGACCCGGGCGGACGUGCUCUUGUUUUCCUCGCGCGUCGCCAAGGGCCGGCUGAACGCCGCGGUGCACAGGAGGUACGACUUCUGCCUCACCUGCGCGGUGGAGGACCCCCCGGUGGCCGAGGACGUGCUGAAUAAGGUCUACGACAUCAUGAGCCGGUACGCGCCGGCGCUGCAGGUCGCGCGCAACCAGGGCGACAAGGCGGUCACCAACGUGCAGCAGCGCACCGCGAACAUCCGCGACUCCUUCAACCUGGUCGUCUUCGCCACGAGGAAUUGCUUCGCCACCGACGAGAACGGGAAGGGCAGCGCGGUGGUCGAGGAGGUGAAGGCCGCGCUGGAAUCCGAGCUGCAGGUGUGCAUCAUCCAGCACCUGUCCCAGUGUCCGGACAUCGACGCGGAGAUCGAGAUAUCGAAUGCAAAAAUGUGUGGGUCUGGAAGAGCCAAACUUGUGAUGCUGCAUUUGGAUGCUAAAAAGACCUGUAUUGCAUGACAAGCAAGAGGAUUCAAAUUUGGCUACGCGGAGAGGGCAUUUGUCAUGCUGGAAGCGCAUAGAUAAGCGCUCAGAAAAUCUGUGAUGCUGUGGCAUACAUCACAGACAGCAUGGAUCAUGGAGAAUUUGCAUGGUGACGAAGCAGACGACAAGCGCGGGAAUGGUACAAAUCAAAAAAAAAAAUGGCAUAAACGUGCUCUGCUUAACUGUGUGAAAGGUGUCGGCCCUGUGUAACCUGCUGCGGCAGGCAGGUGAAUUCGUAGAACUGCAUCACAUGUUAGGCAACAUCCACCGGCCUCCUAGCUCAGUGAUGAAUUUAUAUGCGUAAACAGAGCGGGGCCCAAUGAAAAAAAAAAAAAAAAACAUGCUACACAAAUCUCCGUUUCAGUAUGGGGAGGGGGGAGUUUUCAUUUUGAUUGGCGGACAGCAAGGCUUUGAAGAAGCACCUGGUUGGCGGCGGGCGGCCGAUCGGGUUCCGGGGGCUGAACUAGUUUGUAGGACAGGGAAGAUGCAUCUUCUGAAAAUCUAUGUUUUCAACACUUUUGUUUGUGAAAGAGAUGAAGGUUUGUACUUAAACCUUAUCUGCACCAACCUUGUUUUGCAAACAACAAGGCUUAGCUACUUACAAGGAUCGGGAUAACAAUGAGUCAGAAAUCAGAACCCUUUAACGCUCAUACCAAAAAGUUUUUCAACAGUGAAUACCAAUACGGCCACAGCCAGUACCCGAAGUAUUUUUUAGAAUUGAAGCAAGAAGAACAACUGUAGUGGGGAACAAAUGGAAAACGCAAACAAAGGCAGUCGCAGUUGUAGAAGAAAGAUGCGUAGACUAAUUCUUCUUCAUCGCGUUCUUUUCCUAAUUGCGAUACUCUCCACGACCGGCAAAGAAACUUGAGUCUGAGAAGCGAAAAGUGAAUAAACAGGUUUGAUGGAAGUG